AUGGAGAUGCAGUACUUGAUGUUACGCGCAGAGCUUGAUCGCUUCGUGAAGGAGCGUGGCGUGGAGAUUGUCUCGUCGGACGACGGCUUCGACGAAGAUGAACUCUUGACCCGUCACCAGCUCAUCGACUUGCCGUCUCAGACUCCACAGUUCCAAGACCUCGCACCGGAGAUUCGAAACCUCAUCUACGAGGAGCUUUUGUGCUUCAAAGACGGCAAAUUUACUUGUUUUCCAGAGAUUCUCUGUACGAACAAGCAGAUCAAUAAAGAGGCCACCGGCAUCUUGUAUGGAAAGAACGACAUUCUGGUGCAGCUCUCAAAUGACGGCAUCUUGAUUCACGGAUCAAGCGAGGACAAUGGCUACCUAGAGUCUCGCUUCGGCACUCGCCAAGCCAAGAGCAGAGAAGCUCAUCAGUGGACCAUCGAGGACAUUGAGUGGCCUGAGUACCUUCCCCGCGUCCAUUCCUUGAAGUUCUCCAUCAUCGACAGUCACAAAAGCAACUUCGCCGACGUGCGCAAAGUCUCCAACGAAAACGUCCUAUACUCUCUUUGCCGAUUCCUCGGCAACGACCACAAGCUGGAAAACUUUGGUAUCGAUCUUCGCCGUCUGGACCGCCAGGGGAAUGUCGUUGCAAAGACUUCCGACCUACAUUGCCUGCUCUUACUAGACCCACUUCCAACCCUGAAGAUCGAGGGCGACGGCUUGUUCGAAAAACUCACCGUGGACAGCACCGUGGAUCUCCGGACCAUCGGUCGCGCAUCGUUUGCCCAGUGCCGUGAGUUCAGGGAUGCAUGUCAGUYGUAG